AUGACUUUCAACGGCACCUGGAAAGUAGACCGCAAUGACAACUAUGACAAGUUCAUGGAGCAAAUGGGUAUCAACAUGGUGAAGAGAAAGCUAGCCGCUCACGACAACCUGAAAAUCACCAUCGAGCAGAACGGAGAAAAGUUCCACGUGAAGGAGAGCAGCAAUUUCCGCACCCUGGACAUCGACUUCACACUGGGGGUCAACUUCGAUUACAGCCUGGCUGAUGGCACCGAAGUAUCUGGCUCAUGGGCACUGGAGGGCGACACUUUGAAGGGCACCUUUACCAGGAAAGACAACGGCAAGCCACUGACAACCACAAGAAUUGUACAAGGAGAUGAGCUCAUACAGAGCUACAACUAUGAUGGCGUGGACGCCAAAAGGAUUUUCAAGAGAGCUUAG